AUGGGGCCUACCAGGAUGUUGGAUGAUGACUCAGGGACCGAGUGCAGGCUGCUGCGCGGUCUCAGUAUAACCAUGCAGCCGGACGUUUGUCUGACUGUUACUCAAUCCUGUGCAUGUUUUCCAUCUUUCCCUGCUCUGUCUGACAACCCCCCCCCCACCACCAACCCAUUUAAGUGUUUUUUUUUUGUUUGUCAUGCAGCAUUUAGAUGUACACAUCUCUCUGGUGCCCUGGUGCAGAUUGAUGUAGGUGUUGGACAAGUGUUCGGGGUCAACAAAGACGACAGCAUCUACACAAGGCUUGGAUCGUCAUGGACACAGUUGCCAGGCAAACUGAAGCAUGUCACCGUAGGACCUGCAGGAGUCUGGGGAGCCAACAGAGAGAAUCACAUCUUUAAACUUGUUGGGGCUGAUUGGGUGACUGUACCUGGGCUCUUGAAGCAGAUUGAUGCUGGUGGAGACCAGUUUGUGGCAGGAGCUAAUCAUGGCGAUGCCCCCUUCUGUCUUCCAAAGGAGAACACAGUUGGUUACAGUAAAGGAAACAGUGCUUUGAACUGGCGCCAUAUUCCUGGCAGCCUGAAGUACUACAGCUGUGGUCCUUAUAGCUGCUGGGGUGUUAACAAACAUGAUCAAAUAUAUGUGAGGAAGGGGGUGAACUCCUUUAAUUGUGAGGGGGACGGUCACUGGCAGCACAUUCCAGGAGGCCUGUCUAUGAUCGAGGUGGGAAGUGACGGAUCUGUCUAUGGAGUGAAUUCUGCAGGAGACGUGUUCCGCAGGGAUUCCACGUCUGCCUGUAAACCUGAAGGUACCGGCUGGAGCCACAUUCCUCUCUACAACGGACAGGUGAAACAUGUGUCCUAUGAUCUGGGCCAUCUCUGGCUCAUCCUGAAGAAUGAUGCCAUCUACGACUGCACUGAGCACUGAGCACUGA